AUGGGAGAUUGGGAGGUUUCUGGUGAUACCUGGGGAUCCGGCGGAGGCAAUGGCUCGGGAUGGAGUCAGCCUCAAGUUAUUUGUGGUGCUUGCAGCCAGGAAGGCCACGAAGAAGCAAGCUGCCCCAACCAGCACACGGAAGCCGCCAAUGACGACUCCAACAAUAAAUGUUUCAACUGCGGUGAGACUGGUCACCGAGCUUCUGACUGCCCGACACCUCGAGACACGGCCUGUCGUUAUUGCAAGCAGGAGGGACACAUGAUUCGGGACUGCCCAGACAAGCCGCCCAUGAGAUGUGACAACUGCGGUCAGGAAGGUCAUUUGCGGAAGAACUGCGAGAACGCGCGAGUCGUCAACCGAGAUCAUGUCGCCCAUGUUUCUCCCGAGGAAGCUCUGUCCAAGCUCAAGACGGCUUGCUCUGAGCGAGAUGUUGACGACGCGAAAGAAGCGGUCCAGGAAUACGUCAAGGCUGUCGGAGGCGACAUCACCUACCGUCAGCUGCAGUCUCUUUUCAUUGACAAAGGUAUCAAUCUCUGGCUUAUUGCUUCUGAGCGCCAACUCGUCAACGUCUUCACCAAUAUGGACCUUCAGGGCCAUACUGGAAAGAAGUACACAGUCUCCUACAGAUUCUCGGAGAAGCCUGAACGCCCUCAUGAGGCUGAGUCCUUUCCAAAGAGCCGCGAGGAGCUCUUGGGGAGACUUGAUGAUGCUGGCGAAGUGGUUGACACCGGUCUUCGAAAGUGCCAGAACUGUGGUGAACUAGGGCAUUCCAGCAAGUUUUGUACGCAGGAGCAGGUCGAGAAGAAAGCCGCGCCCGUCAUUUCUUGCAACAACUGCGGCGGGGAGGGUCAUCGUGUUCGGGAUUGUUCCGAGCCACGAGUGGACAAGUUUGCCUGCCGAAAUUGCGGAAAACCUGGCCACCGGGCGUCCGAAUGCGAAGAGCCACCCAAUUUGGACAAUGUGGAGUGUCGAAGAUGCGGCGAAAAGGGCCACAUGGGCAAGGAUUGCCCGCAGGGAGGUGGUCGGGCGUGUCGCAAUUGUGGCCAGGAGGGACAUAUGGCCAAAGAAUGCGACCAGCCUCGUAACAUGGACAGUGUUAGUUGCCGUAAUUGCGAAAAGACUGGGCAUUUCAGCAGGGACUGCCCCGAGCCAAAAGAUUGGAGCAAAGUGCAGUGCUCAAACUGCCAAAAGUAUGGGCAUAUGAAAGUUCGCUGCAGGGAACCUCUUGUUGCUGAUGGUGACGGCGGUUUCCCUGAUGCAGCUGAAAAUUCCAACGGGUUGGCCGCCGAUUCCGCUUGGCCCAGUGGCGACACGGGCGGCCGAUGCGUUGAACUGACAGCCCAGAAUUGUGGAUGGUAA